GAAGAAAACAAAGGCCUAAUGGAUAGAAACUUAAUCCAAUUAUGUUUAGAAGGUAGGUCUAGUGAGAUGUCCUUUGGUCACUGGGGGCCUGCUCUUGGAAGAUAGUUCUUUUGAGAGAAAUGGUUAUAAAACUGGAGUUGGGGCGAAGCCUUUUGGGAAAUGAAGUCUUCUUUUAAAGAACUUGCCACUCCGCUGGAUCCGGGGCCCUUGCAUCUUGAUGGAGUCGAAGCAUUGGAAGGAAAAAGAACCCUGAUACGGACCCCGAAUUUGAGGGUGUGACCCAUCUGACGUGAACUGAGCGUUCUCUUGAGUGGAAAGUGUGCUACAAACUCAGUCUCCUCGCGCUUCGUCCAGCCGCGGCUCUGGAGUGGGCCUGAUUUUUUUUUUCCAGACCCUAGCACACGAUCCUUGGGACCGGACAGAACUGUGGUAUGGGGGCGCCCCGAGGCCGGGCUACUGAACUUGGGUACAAACUGAGGAGAGUGUUGAGGAGGGUGUCCAGAAUUCAAAGGUCAGAGGUUGCAACCCCAGCUGUCAGCAGGGCGAGGAGAUGGCUUCUCCCUCUGUCGGGGGGUCAGGACUGCUUCAAGGGAGCCAGGCUCGUUCUUACGGAAGUCUGGUGCAGUCGGCCUACUCCCCAGUGAGGGAAAGAUGCCUGGAGCAUCAGUUGGAGCCCGGAGAUACCCUGGCUGGACUAGCUCUCAAAUAGGGAGUGGCGAUGGAACAGAUUAAGCGUGCAAACCGCCUUUAUACAAAUGACUCCAUCUUCCUGAAGAAAACCCUCUACAUCCCCAUCCUGACAGAGCCCAGAGACCUGUUCAAUGGUUUGGAUUCUGAGGAAGAGAAGGAUGGAGAGGAAGAUGUACACCCAAAUAAGGAUGACGUCUGGCCACACCCAGCUGAGAGGAAGAAACAAGAGACAGGUGCAGGACGUGCCAGUGGUGAAGUCCUCCCCACACCCAGCCAGGACCUGGCCACACCCACCCAUGACCUCUCUGCCUCUGACUUCCUUAAGAAGCUGGAUUCACAGAUCAGCCUGUCAAAGAAAGCUGCUGCUCAGAAGCUGAAAACGAGGGAAAGCAGGGUACCUGGGGGGGAUGCAGGUCUCCAGCUGAACUCCCCUCGAAUGCAACAACGAGCAGUCCGAGGUCCUGUGCCACUGACCCGGACCUCUCGGACCCAGACACUAGGAGACCAGGAGGAUGAAAUCUUCAAGCUCUGAUGUCCCCAGAACUGGUUGAGAGAAGCAGUGUGUUGAUGGAGUAACUCGAGGGGCAGAGGAGCCUGAGGUGAGGCUCAAGAACAUGGCUUCCCAGCUCACCUCUCAACUCCAGCCAUCUUCCCCAGCCCCCUUGCCUAUCAAGAGGUCCUUGACCUGGGGCAUUUUUAUUGGCAAGAGUAGGGGGUGGGUACUAGACCCCUUCCUGGUUCUUGGGCUGAACCUAGACUUGUCCCUUAGAUUCAGAAGACUCCUUUUACACCCUUGCUGCCUUCCCUACCCGGUUACCAUUCCCUGUCGUUAGAGCAGGGAAGCAGAGGCUCCCCCUCAACUUCCUCCUUAUCUCCAGUGAUGUCACAUAAGUUAUUUGGUGCUAUAUUCAAGUAAUAUUUAUUUGUUUUAUUCCUUCCCAUUGUUAGCUGACAAGUGAGAUUUUGGUAGCCCCUUGGUGGGGGACGUCUGUGAACAGUGAGCCAGUGACUGCUGGCUCCCCACCUCCUUAGUCAACCAUGUUCCUGGGACUGGGGCAGCCAGUGAACUAGUGCUGCUGCCGAGAAUGGCAGGCUGUGCCGGGCCUUUUCCCCACUGGCAAAGGAUUUGCGCUCAGUCUUGACUUAGCAGGUCCCUGUAACUUUCACAACUCUCACUCUGAGGAAAAGCAGAAUGGAGGGAGGGGCAGAACUCAACGUUCUACCAGUUCACCUUUCUGAUGUGUUCCUCUCCUCAGCCUGUCCUGGGGCUGAGAGAUGGAAGAAAGAAUGACUUGGGGUUUGAAGAGGGGAACAUCUGGGGGAGUCUCUUUGUUAUGCCCCUUCCCCAGUAGAGCCCACAUGUCUAUCCCUUGCUCCUCACUGCAUAGUUAUUUGCAAUUUGUAGCACUGAUCUGCAGUACAGUUUGUUUGUUUCUUAAACAGAAGAAGUAGGCAAGGGUACCCCAGUGAUGCUGGAAAAUAUGCCUCAGUCAACUGUAUGGAAAUGGUAAGAGGUGAGAUAAGUGGUGUUUACAUCCCUCCUUUCCUGUGGUGAUCACAAGGUCUAAGAAGCUGGAGAUAUUAAACAUUGAGCCCUGUGCAAAAAAAAAAAAAACAA